AGAGCUUUUAACGUUCCUUUCUGGUGCAAAGCUACUUCAGCGUUAGACUAAAUGAGCGUCGGCCGCCUCAGAAGAGCGUGGACCUCCAGGGAGGCGGACUGAGUGGCAGUAGAAGAAGUCCCGGACAGGUUGUUGUCCUGGUGCGGAACAAAGGCGACGGUGUGACUUGGCUCCCGACGUACACCUCUGCGUCUGACGUCACCGACAGGGCGUGGCUAUCAUUCCAACUGCCGUCUACUUCUGGCUGGACGUGGAGGAGUCGGGACCGCCGUCUGACGCUGUCUGGAAACUCGGGAGCACCGACGCCGUGUCUCUUCAGCCCAACACCGCUCGAACCCCAGAAAAAUGACUGCCAAAAUCACGACAGAGGACUUCAACGAGGUGAAGGAAAUCUUCAACAAGAUUGAUCGGGACCGCGACGAAUACAUCUGUGAUUAUGAGCUCCAAGAGGCCCUCAAGGAAGCCGGCCACGACAUACCUGGAUACAAAGUGCGAGAGAUCAUCACCAAACUGGAUCGGAACAACGACAAUCGAAUCAGCUUUGACGAGUUUCUGGAAAUUGUCAAAAGCCUACGAGGAAGUGAGAUAGCCAAGACAUUCCGGACCGUUCUCAACAAAAAAGAGGGAAUCCUGGCUAUAGGAGGAACAUCGGAGCUGUCAAGUGAAGGAACACAACACUCAUUCUCAGAGGAGGAGAGAUUUGCAUUUGUGAACUGGAUCAACAUGGCUCUGGCAGCAGACCCUGACUGCCAACACGUGCUGCCCAUGGAUCCCAACAGUGACGACCUCUUCAACAAAGUGUGUGACGGGAUAGUGCUCUGCAAAAUGAUCAACCUGUCGGUGCCAGACACCAUCGAUGAGCGAGCCAUCACCAAGAAGAAGCUGUCGAAAUUCACCGCACAGGAGAACCUCAACUUGGCUCUGAAUUCAGCCUCUGCCAUUGGCUGCCACGUGGUGAACAUCGGCGCGACGGAUCUGCGGGAGGGCAAGCCUCACCUGGUCCUGGGUCUGCUGUGGCAGAUCAUCAAGAUCGGACUGUUCGCAGACAUCGAGCUGAGCAGGAACGAAGCUCUGGCGGCGCUGCUGAGAGACGGAGAAACACUGGAAGACUUGAUGAAACUGUCCCCUGAGGAACUUCUGCUCCGCUGGGUCAACUAUCACCUGGAAAACGCCAACUGGUCCAAGAUCAGCAACUUCAGCUCCGACAUCAAGGAUUCGAAAGCGUACUUUCACCUGCUGAAUCAGAUCUCGCCAAAAGGCACGGAGGAAGACCAGCCUCCCAUCCACAUCAAGAUGGAUGAAUUCAACGAGCGGGACGACAUGCGGAGGGCAGAGGCCAUGCUGCAGCAGGCGGACCGGCUCGGCUGCCGGCAGUUCGUCACCCCGAAGGACGUCGUCAACGGGAAUCCCAAACUCAACCUCGCCUUUGUGGCCAAUCUAUUCAACAAAUAUCCAAGUCUGACCAAACCCGAGGGAGACGACAUCGACUGGGGUCUGCUGGAGGAUGAAACUCGGGAAGAGAGGACGUUCCGAAACUGGAUGAACUCAUUGGGAGUCAACCCGCAUGUCAAUCAUCUCUAUGGAGACCUCAACGACGCACUGAUCAUCCUUCAGCUCUACGGAAAGAUCAAAGUCGACGUGGAGUGGGACAAGAAGGUCAACAUGCCCCCGUACCCUAAACUGGGAUCCAAGAUGAAAAAGCUGGAGAACUGCAACUACGCGGUGGAGCUGGGCAAACGCUCUAAUUUCUCGCUGGUUGGUAUCGGCGGCCAGGACCUGAACGACGGCAACCCGACCCUGACUCUGGCGCUGGUGUGGCAGCUGAUGAGAAGGUACACGCUACAGAUCUUAGAAGAUCUGGGAGACGGACAGAAGGUCAACGACAACUUCAUCGUCAAGUGGGUCAACCAGACGUUAGCGGAGGCAGGGAAGACGUCCAACAUUCAGAACUUUAAGGACAAGAACAUCAGCAGCAGCAUCGCAGUCCUGGACUUGAUAGAUGCCAUCGAGCCUAAGAGCAUCAACCAAGACCUGGUGAAAACGGGAGCCCUCUCUGAGUGCGACAAGCUGGAAAAUGCCAAAUACGCCAUCUCGAUGGCGAGGAAGAUCGGCGCGCGAGUCUACGCUCUGCCCGAGGACCUCGUGGAGGUGAAGCCCAAAAUGGUGAUGACGGUGUUUGCCUGCUUGAUGGGUCGAGGACUGAAUCGAAUCUCAAAGAAUCAGAGCUGCCAACAAGUGCUCACUAACUGAAGGAGUUCAUUAUCUUUGGAGGAAAUUUGAAGAAAAAAAUCCAAACAAAAACUCACAAGUGCUUACUGAAGAAUAUGAUGUAUUUAAACCGAAGGGAAGGUCCAUUUUUUAACAGCGCGUCUCCUUUGAUAUGCACUUGUAAGUACAAAAUCUCAUGUGCUCUUUGUUGUUGUUUUUCCAGCUGUCAUGUUGUUUACAUAUUUUUACGGCUAAAUUAUAGCUAAGCAACGGACAUUCCACCGUGCUAACCACCGAGAGCGACGCGUGACGAUGCAAACCAAAGGUGAAUGAGACGGAAGCAACAAGCUCUGGUAUUUAAUGAAGCGCGUCUUAGUAACUGAUAUCGACAUGUCUGUGUACAGAAGCCAUACGGUCAUCUGGCCACGCUGACCGCUUGUUUAGUCAUCUCCUGGCCGUGGGCUCGCAGGAGCUUAUUCCUGGAUGCUGGUUUGGGUUGGGUUCUUAUGUGUGUGUGUUGAUGAGGAGCAGGCUGACUGGACUCCGCUGUGCCUUCCUUCCGCAACAUGUGUAUUGUUACUUCUACUUAACCUGCUUUUGUAUUCAGAUAAACAGGUCGCUUCAUGACACGCGCUGACCAGGGCUGAAUUGUAUUCAGCCUCCAGUUCAUGGCAACAUGUGACAAUAAAUAUGGAUUUGUUAA